CUACUACUUCCGGGUCACCAAAUAUGGCAUCCUGUUAGCUUCCGUUAGCGUCUAAAUUUGCUCACGGACGUCAAUAAUCUGUAAGUCUUUGCGAAUACUGCCCUCAGAAACUCUCUAAAAUAUUGCUUUCACCUUUAUGACUGCGUUGGUUAGAUUUAUUAAUAAGCUGCAAGCACCGUUUGAGUUUAAAAUGCUUUUUGAGUUUAAAAUCUGACCAACAACAUCUCGGCCUUUUCGCCCCUGCAGGAUGGCUUCAUUUGGCUGGAAGAGGAAAGCAGGUGAGAAGGUUUCAAAGUCGGUGGUGCAGCAGUUUGAGGCCGAUGAGGAGGCUGGAGGUGAAGGAGCAGGUCAGGGGGAGGAGGUGGACUGGCUGCACGCCAUUAAACGCCGGCGGGAGGUCCUGCUGGAGGACUGUGCCGAGAAGAGCAAGAGGCUGAAGGAUGAGGGGGCGCUGCUGGCUGAGCAAGGCAGGUGAGGGAACUGAGGUGUCUGUGCAUGCUCUAUGUGUAUCAAACAAAGCAGUCCUAAAAUUAGUAACACCGUCACUAUGGCUGGGUGAUUUUUACCCGAAAUAAUAUACCCAAGAAAAAGUACAUCAUCAAAAUAGAACAAUACAUGGCAAACUAAAGUAGUUUUCUUUUAUUUUCAACUGUGCAAUGUCCCAAGGGAGAAGAAAAAGUGCCAUGAGGGGACCAUUAGGCAUUCAUAAACAAAAUAAAUAAAUAAACACGAAUUUCUCCAGACACAUAAAGCUGAACCCUUUUCCACGCCACUGUGGAGUCCGUCCUCCUGUAUGGCUGCGAAAGCUGGACCCUGACACCCACCCUGCAGAAGUCCCUGGAUGGGUGCUACACCAGAAUGCUACAAGUUGUUCUGAAUGUGGACUAGAACAUCCACAUUACCAACAAGGACCUGCAAGGGCAACUGCCGAGGCUUAGCAAGAAGGUAGCAUGUAGGAGGAUGAGGCUGGCUGGCCACUGCCAUAGACAUCAGGAGCUCCUGGCCAGCAGGCUGGUUCUAUGGGAACCAACACACGGGCACCAUUCACAAGGACGUUCAGCCUUAACAUAUGUGGACGUCCUGAAGAAGGAUGCAGGGGCCGAAAGCUCUUUGGAGACUGAUGGAAGCUCGUCUGAGAGAGAGAGAGAGAGAGCGAGAGAUUGGAUGUUUCCCUGCUCCAACACACCUGAUUCAAAUGAUCAGCUCGUUAUCAAGCUCAGUAAUGCCUUAAUAAUGAGCUAAUCAUUUGAAUGUGUUGGAGCAGGGAAACAUCCAAAAUAUGCAGGACAGUGGGCCUCGAGGACUGGACUUGAGAACCACUGCCCUACAUGCAGCUAUCAAAUCCACCUAAACCUACUAACCCUCUAUCACAAGGGUGGGCAAUCAUGUGCCAUGAAGAGCCGAGAGGCUGCAGGUUUUCUUUCCAACCCAAAACUCCACCAGGUGAUUUCACUGAUUACCUUACCUCCAAGCAGAGAGCAGGGACUAAUCAGUGAAAUCACCUGGUGGAGUUUUGGGUUGGAAAGAAAACCUCCAGCCUCUCGGCCCUCCAUGGCACAUGAUUGCCCACCCCUGCUCUAUCACUAUUGCUGGGUUAAAAUCACCCAAACACGUGCCUGUAGGAAAAAGCAGGUUUUGGAUCACGGAAACAAAUAUGUCUUCAAAGAUGUCAAAGGUAAUGCUGAAGCUACCCAGGGACCCAUGACACUCAGACAAACGCAACAUAAUAAAAAUCACGUAAACAUGUUUGGAAAAUCACCCGGCGAUAGUGUUCUAGGGUUAAUCCACAUGUUUGUGUGGGUGGCUGUUUUAGUUUGCAGUCAUUAUAAAAAUCCUGUGCAGUUGUCAGUCAGGUACGGAAUAUUUGCUCACCUGUUGCUCUGUUAAAAGGACCACUGCUGAGCAAACAAGUCUAACUCAUCCUCUAUUAUUUCAUUUGAAAAACAUUUUCCGAUCUCUUUGCCAGUUUCAUUUCAAGCAGGAUAAUAACCUGAAUCCAACUUUUUCCUACCUCCUGUCAUUUUGAUGAUGCACUUGUCAAGACAGAUCGAGGGAUGGCUAUCCCAGCCAAAGCACCAGCUGCCUUUUGUGUGAAGAAUAAUUGGAUAGAUGAAAAUAGGGAGAAAGGAGGGGGCAAAACUACAACCUUUUUUUUUCAGUGUUAAAAUUCCAGGUUAUAUUCAGAGGAUGUGCUUUAAAGAGGGGGGUUAUAGCUUUAGCAAAACACAAAGGUUUCUGUAUUUCAAUCUGCUGAGUGAAAUUAUGGAGUGGCCAGAAUUCAGAAGUACUGCAGUGGACAAGAAGAAACCAGUUAAAGUAGAAGUAUAGAGGAAUGAUCCUCAUGAGGUAUAGGGAAAGGAAAGGUAUUGGAUAAUCAAUAGAGGUUUAUUUGCAUUAAUAUGCUGUUAUAGUGUUGCUCUGUGCCAAUGUUAUCAUUGGUUGUAUGAUUGUAUAGGGACGUAUAAGCAGGACUAUGGUUUUGUUUAUGAAUAACUGUGUGUCUAGAUGAAUUGCACUUGCACAAAUUAAUAAAGGGAUAGGAUUAGAUAAAAAAUUACUUCUUUCUACUCAUUUUUGGGUAUAUAAAUUAUGAUUUUUCAAUGUUUGCUCUCUUCUUAUUAUUCUUGUUUUACUUUUAACUACUCUUUUUUAUUUUUAGUAACAUGUUCAAGCUAAAGAUGUCAAUCAGGGAUACAGAUAGUGAGGGACAGAGAGUGAGGGCCUACAUGCAGAUUCAUGCAAAACAUUGUAGAAGAAAGGGCUUUGUUUGCUUUGUUUAAAAAUCCAUUAGCUUUUGAAACAAGUGGACAAGUUCUUCGAAGUUUCCUUUUGUUAAAAAAAAUAUAGAACAGAGAACAUAUAAUACUACAAAGUCACCAAGGGAUGGCGCCAGUGCACAGCGAGUAGUUUCCCUCAUGCCUCUUUCUUGUUAAGAGACUGAGAACAUACGGCACAUAUUGUAUUUCAAAGGCACAGUCGACAUACAGGCAUAAAAUUUCCUUUUUAGUAAUUAUUCUCAAAAUUUGAAUUGGUGUCUGGUUCAGGGCCAGGAGCCGCAAUUCUCUCAGGAUGAGGUCAGUAAAAUAAAUGUACAACAGUAAUUUCUUUCUUUUUGUCUUUGGAGAGGCUUUUCUUCAGUCCUGUCAACUUUUAUUUAACAUUCAGGGUAAAAAUGAGGUUUGGAGCCAUUAUUUUAUAAAAUAUGUCAAACAUAGAGUGAUAAACUGUCCCUACAAUCUCCUCUGGCACCCUGGACUUGUGGAGAGCUUAUGUAAAGUUAAAUGAUUAUAGCCAGCUGAAUAAGAAAAAUGAAAUUUCUCUGCCUGCUUUUUAAAAAAUAUAUAUAUUUCCAGGACUGCUCUUGUUUAGCUUUAAUCAAAAUCUCUGCUGCCUUUGUAUGGAGUUCCUUUUGUUAGAUAGAUACAGAUGUAAGAACAGAAAAAACAAAAAACUUGACCUCCUUCUGGGACUGCAGUCCAAUGUGCUUCAAAGUAAUUGACCUUUUCAGCUGAGUAACCAGUACUUUGUGAACACUGCAGUACAAGAAGAGCUAAUGUUGUUCCCCUCAGUGAUGCUGGUAAUCACAUCUUCAGGGGGGAAAGUGGAUUUUGCUGGGGAAAUGAUAUCUUUUCAUGGUGCUCCAUAAUGGCUGUUCAGAGGUUUGAGUCGGUGUCUGGUUGGGUCAGUUGGUCAUUACCAGGGUUCAGAUGCUCCUGAUGUCAUUGAGGAGCUCCUCUAAUCUUAUCCUGAGUCACGUUGUGUGGUGAUAGGUGGGGCCAUGUAGUCGCAGGUAGUUGCCUCUGGCAUUAAUUUGUUUCAACAAAUGAUUUCUUGUGUAAAUUGGUUCGCAAACAUGACCUAAAUUUCAAGAUUUUUUCUUUCAAAGUAAAUGUUAAGCUCGACUUCACUGAGUUCGUUAUGAUUACAACAAAAAAUCCCGUUAGUGUUAACACAGCAGGACACCAGAUGUAUUCUGCAGUAUCUUCUCUUGCUGUGAAAAUGAUCAAAUAGGAAUCACAGACUGAACUGUCACUUCUUUUUAUUCAUGAAUUAGCUGGGUGUAAACUUUCAAUCAUGAGCAGCAGUGAUGGGUGGAAGGCUGGAAAGCUAUUUGGUUGAACAAACAAACAAAAUAAAAUACAGAUGCAGAUUGCAUAUUAAUCUUUCAGAGCCUUGAGUUAACUAAAGGAGAGGAUGAAUCAGCAGGCUUAUAAACAUGUGUUGAAAGCCACACAGCAGCAACUUUCUUCAAAAGUUAUGUAGAAUUUACACCUUGAUUGUAGACUUUAGUUCAAACCUGAACAACCGGACAGUUCCUCAGCAAACAUACACCUUCUUGUCUAGAGAGAAUGCAGUUGCAGAAUUAUGCCUUAAGUUAUUACUAAAACAGAUGUUUUAUCAGUUAUUUUAGAGCUGCAGGAGGCAGCAAGUCCCAUUAUCAUCCAAAUACUUGACAUAGUUUACUGGUUUGUCCUCCUUCCAGCUGCCUUGCUGAGUCAGUGUCUAAUCACAAGAAAAACUGAGUUUGCAAGUUACAAUUUGGCUCUUUGAGGCGAUCUGAAAUAUCCAGUGUCAUCUAAAAACAUCACUUGUUAUGCGGUGUAGAGUCCCACAUUGUUAAAACAAUGAUGAAGAUAUUAUCUUAAACCAUUUUAUACCGCACUCACAAGCGUAUCCCACACCUUCAUUUUGUCAGCGGUGGAGCUAAUGCACCAUCAAAGAUCCCUCCAGCCAUUCGAUUUUUAUGUUGAUUUUAAGUAGAUGCCCCCAGUAAUGGAAAGGUCAAUAACUCUUGCGUUAGUGUUUGUUAAGUUAUCUCCAAAAUUAAAUUACUUAAUGCCUGAAUUAACCCAGUUUCCAGUCCUCCCUUCCUCUCUCUCUUCCCUUUCUUUGACCGAUGAACAGGGUUGUAAUAACAGCACAGGUUUCAUUUUUAGCCCCCAGGCUUCAUAUGUCGGACUCGGAGCCCAUAUUGCUUAACUUCCUCAAACUAUCUGUCUUUGUCCUUUGGUUAAUCUCAUGGUAUGAUUUCCACACUGCUCAAGUCCCAUUUCCUCACUCCUCUUUCUAACUCGUAAAUAACCAUUGCAUUUGUUAUCACAGUCUUGAUCCUAGUUCAGGCUGUAAUCCAAGUUCUGAAACCGAUCGGUGCAAAUGGCCUCAUUCAUUGUGUUUCCUCAUAUUUUCAGGAUAUCCUUCUUUAUAAAGACAUAAAAGAAGCAGACUGAUAGACUGACAUAUUGUUUGUCAAACCCAGGAUUUCAACUCAUAAUCUUUAAGAGCUUUUGUCUUGUUCAGGCAAUUGAAGUGAUCUGAAAGUCAAUAUUGACUUAAGGAGGAGAGGGUUGUUGAAGUUAGCAUGAUCGCAUGCAUCCUCUAAGUGUAUAAAAAUAAUAAGAUUUGCACACCAAAAAGAUUUUUACAUGUGAACCCUGGUAAACAAAUAUACGCAAAACACAAACACAAUGAUGGCCACAGCUCAAAAGAGUCAGCAGCAGGGCUUCAUGGGACUUCUGCCUACCUCUAUAUUACUUAUGUACAAAAACAGAUAGUCAAUAGUCGUGAUGUCUUGCUGGCUUAGACAAAUAAGGCUACGGUCUAAUGCUUUCCUCUUAAUAGUUUGAUUUGUGAUCUCCAUAUACACCUCAGUGAACUUGUGUGUUUAUUCAGCUUGUUGUAUAUUUUGUACUCCCAUUGUGUCAAGAAGGAGGAAACGUGAAGGAAGCACGAGACUUUAUAGAAACAAGAAGCCAGUUUAGCAUAGUGUCCUGGGAACAUGGAUCAAAAAAUAACUACCAAAAUACCUUUUGUUUGUGUGAAAAUAUGGGCUGUGAAAUCAUUUUUAAGAUUUCAAUUUAUCACAGAAUUAAUACGUAGUUAAUCACAAUAAAAUGCAAAUUUAAAAUGUAACUAUUUUGCAUUCUAAAAGAAGUUUUUAAGUCUGCAUUAACGAAAUAAGGACGUCUUUAUCGGUGUCUUGAUCCAGGCUUCAAAGUAAUGCAUUCAAAUGAACUUUUUGAACUUGGCUUUUAAAAUUAAGUAUUAAAAUACAUGCUGACCUGUCACACUUGUGUGCUCUGAAGCCACCACUUGAAGGAAAAAAAUAUCUCCAAAAUGCUUAAUCUGUGAAAUUCAGCUUCUGUUUCUACUUCUGUACAAGUGUUACACUGUUAAUGCAGUGUAAUGUAAAAAAAGUGCCAACACAGUGCCCAUGUGUUGUGCAAUCAUUCCUAGAUCAUUUUGCUUACUCACUGAUGCCCAGUGUCCCCCAAGUGAAAUGUGUCAUUCAAAUUGUUUUGUGGCUGAUGGUCUCAUUUGCUUUAGUGGGUCACAAAAAGCCAUGACUAUUUUUUCUUGUGUAUUUUGUGGCUGGUGAUUACGUGAUAAACUCCUCACACGAGCUUUAAACUAAGCCACAUUUUGCGUAGACGGAGUUAUCUCUGAAAGAUUGGCGGAAGACUUCUUUUUAUUUGGAAAUAACUACGGUAACAAGCUGUUUGAUACCUGCUUAACAAAUAUGUGGGCCUGUCCGAAGUUACGUAAUGUUGAUCAAACUCAAUGUGGAGACAAUGGAAGCGAGUGUCCGAUUACAGUGGGAUACGUGAUCCUCUGUUUGAAUCUGUCAUGUGUUAGAGCUUCAUCACCCAAAGUCAAUAUCAAGCUAUGCUUAAGUUGAUGUUGUGCAAUACCAAUGUGUUGGGUGUUGAUGGCUUGUAGCCUAAGCCAGCAAACAUUCAUUGAUGCAUAAUUCACACGAAUGGCUGUUAAAAUGUAAAUCAAAUUGUUAAGCUUCCCAAGAAUAAACCAGUUUCUGCCAGAUAAUUGUUUAUUGUGCAAUUAGUGCUUUUUAUGAUGCAACCCUCCCCUGUUCUACAAUAAAUUUUUUAACCACUGUGUGUGUGUGUUUUCCUCAGGCACUGGGAGGCUGUAAAGAAGUGGGACGAUGCCAUUCAUCUUACUCCAGACAACCCAGACCUCUAUGAAAUGAAGUCACAGGUAUAUGUCAUAUCUCAAUCAAUCGUCUGCUUUUUUACUCAGAAUACCUGUCACAUGUCAGACCUUUUUUCCCCAAUGGAAGGCUCUGACAUUUCCAUAACUUAAUUGAGCUCAAAGACCAUCAGAUUCAUUACGUACAGUGUAUGGAAAAAGGAUGGAGUGGCAAAAACAGAAAUACAUUUUUUUCCUCUGUGAUACAGAAACUGUAUAAAUUAUGGUUCUUGUCUCAAGGAUGUCACUCACUGUUCUUUAAAGAGGAGCAAAGAACAGUAACAAUAUUUGAAAUUCAACAAAAAGGUGGAGUUGAGGUGGACCUGGAGUGUCUUUGCCAACUGCUUUCAAGUACUCUCCUGUCAGUCAAAUCAGCCGCUCUUAGUUAUAUCUUCUCCUGGGCGACUCUUAGCCUUUAUCUAAGUUAUUCAGAGAUUCAAAACCCGUACAGUAUGUACAAAUUAAUAAGAUUGCUAUUGAGACCACAACCAUUUUAUUUCUGUAUGUAUUUAAAUUUAUUUGACCAGGACAGCCUUGUAGAGAUUAAAAAUAUCCUACACAAGAGAUUAAAACGACAUAAUUAUCUUGUUAAUUCAGAAAAACUGAGCAGACUUUUUCCCCAAGGUGAAUUCAUUAUGCCUUAAAGUCCCGUAGUUCUGAAGAAAUAUUUCCCCAAGUGACUUAAUUCAAGGAUGUUUAUCAGAUCUACUUCUCUGGAGGCACAAAAGGACAUAAAAUUCUGGUUUACUGUUUUAAUUCCCACCCAGAGAUUCUGUGAUCAAAGGAGAGAGAGGAAAUUAUGGCUGUGAUAAAGACAGAGAGUAGUAGUAGAGACAUACUUCAACUGCUGCUAAAGACUACAUCAUUACUCACAUUCCUGUGUCCCAAGUGCAAGUUACAACCUCUCUAUUUCUUACCGUCAUUAUUCACAAGUCAGCAAAUACACAUGUUUUUUAAAAGUCCUUUAAAAGUCUCUAUUUAUAUCUGUUGGAGACAGGCUCGGUUAAAAAAAAGAGAGAGAGAGAUGUCACCUGGUAUCUUUAAAUUAAUCAUUUCACAAUCACAACUCAUGUUGUGAGCACAACACUUCUGCACAAAAGAAUACGCCCCUUAAAUGUCACAAUAAGACUGACAGAGUUCAGACUUCCUCUGCAUUAUGGUUGAUCAUUCAGCGGGAACAUGUCGUUUCAGUUCUACAUUAUCUGUUCUUGUUAUUAUUUAGGUGCUCUGGGGUACAUUUUUUGUUGAUAUCUUUUGAUUUUUUUCUGGUAUUGUAUCCCAUGCUCUAAAUUCUGGUGUUAGGAUGCCUCUCUACAUAUGGAACUCUGGUGAUUGUAUGAAUAUGGACUUGAAAAAUGCUAAACUCUCCCUGAAAAAUCCACUGUGUGGGGGAUGUGGUUGAUCUAGCCCUCUAUCGUAUGACAGACACAUGGCAGGUUACUGCUGUUUCCUGGUACAUGACUGUUCAAGCAUGCUUAAAGUGUUAUUCACUUGAACAGCUGCAGUCAGAGUUGUAGGGGUGCAGUUACAUCAUAUUAAAAACAUGUAUGUAACUUUUUCUUCCAUUUAGAAAAUCAUAAAACUCAGUUUUGUUUGUGUCUCUUGGUUUGAAAGUAAUCCUGACCACCAAAAUGCUCUGCAUGCACAUCUACACAUCUCUGCUCGUGUGAGACUUAUUUUAUUUUUUUUUUAUCAGCCAACAUCACAAAACACAUCCUGUGACUUUGCUUUUAAGCCACGUGAUAACAGCGCGUUUAUGACUCCACCUAAAUUCUGCAGCUUUCCUAACAGCAUCAGUGUGUUUUUUCUCAAUUUACUCCUUCCUUUCCCCCCUCGGCUUCCUGUGGGACCAUACUGCUGUAAUGUAUGUUUGUAUUGUAUCUCCACUGCAGCUUCUCAUAAAUGCAUCCUGUGAAUAAUCGCCGCAGCAUAUUAAGCAGAAGUGGAGCAGCCAGAGGAGGUAGACAGACCCCUCUACAUUAUUGAAUAUUCAUUUGACCACAACCCAAUAAAAAGUCUCUUCCUAUAGCCAUAAGGAUUCACAUCACGUGUGGCUGAAAUGUUAUUAUCAUGAUAGGAUAUUUGAGGAGGAAGUCAUUAUUGUCCAGGCCUGGAAAAUACCACUGAAAAAAAAGCGUCUUUCCCCUCGAUGCCUUUGGUUACUCAAAACAUGACAUUAGCACAGACUUCCGUUUUUGCUUCAUUAAAGUCACUGAAAAUAAGCAGGACCGACCUCAGCGUAUUCCCAGUAGUAGCCCCAGAUGAUGAGGAGACUUACGGGGAAUCUGGUCUUUCACUUCCCCCCAAUUGCUUUCUUCCUUCUUAACUCAAUCAGCAUCUAACUGAUACGUCUGACUGUGACUGUACUGUGCGCUGGAGGAAAUUGGAUCCGUUUGUUAAGAUGUCACCACAUCUCUCCGGCUUUAUGAUGAUAUUUGAAACUUUGGUCAAUAAAGCCGUUGUAGAUGUUGUUGUAAACUUGUGAGGCUAAUUGGGUUUUUUCCUGUUCCAGUAAUGUCUUUUGGUAUUUUUAUGACUGUUUAAAUUUGAACCACUGACUGCAUACAGCGAUGUAUACAGUGAUGCCAAAGCAGCUCCUACAACAAACUCAGAAAUAUUGCACACUUAGAGUCACAGUCUCUAUCGGUAGGAAUCGGCUCUUUGGGCUGAAUUAGAUUAAGGGCAUUUUAGAGAAGCAGGGUCUCACGGGAAACUGCAUGAGUUAAAGGGAUAUUCCGGCGUAAAAUUUAAUUUAGGGCCAAACACACCAUAACACUAAGUUACACUCCCCGUCGAGAGAUGAAUGUUGCCGACUGCUUGCUUCUCUAGUUAUACCAACUUUAAUAAUGACCGCACAUAGCAAUACACAGCGGUCCCAGGAGCCACACACUCAACCAAAACGCCACUCUAUAGCCACAAAUAAUGCUCAGAACAGCACCUAACUUCAUCAACAGUACAUAUAGGGUCCCAGUCAUAGCACUAGCCACCACACGUCUUUUUAGCUUUGCCUAAUUUCUUAAGCAAAGAGACAAAACACAACUCACCUCCUCUCUUCCAGCAGCCGCUUGUUUGUAGGGAGACCUCAGGCCAGUCCAUUAUGGACUGCUGCGGACUGACGCAGCUCAAGGAAGAACAUUUAUGAUCAUUUCUUCAUGGAAAUGCAAUCAGACUGAGAAGCUGCAGUGCAAAAUGAUUAACAUGGUGAUUAUUACUUCAAGGAAAUGAUAAAAAAUGAUCAUAAAUGUUCUUCCUUGAGCUGCGUCCCCCGCUGCGGUAAUGGACUCGUCUGAGGUCUCCAUACAAACAAGCGGCUGCUGGAAGAGAGUAGGUGAUUUGUGUUUUGUCUCUUUGCUAAAGAAAUCAGGCAAAGUUAAAAAGAUGUUUGGUGGCUAGUCUGUAGUAGAAAUCACUGCAUGGGCUGCAAAAUCACCUCUAAAAACCAGUGUCUGUUUACAGGUUAGAAAUGCACCAUGCAUAGAGGCCGCCAUAUUAACCAUGACUCAGAAAAUUUAAGUUUGACCCAUCUGCUAGUAUGGAGGAGGCCAGGUCAAUGAUGACUUGGUACUUUUGGCUUCACUUUUGGGAAGCUGUUGCGCGAUACAUUUUUAUGAAGUCCAUGAUGUAAGUCAAUGCAUCUGUAUUUUAAUCGCUGUAUUGCUUUCAUCCUCUCUUUUUACACUUUAACUUUGUGUUUCAGUUCUCAGACAACUUCUCAUAUUAGUGGCUUUUCCCUGGAUGUGUCUUUGUAUCAACUAUGAAUAUUAAACCAAUUAUUAAAUUCCCUGCAGAUGCCAGACCUGGUUGGAGCUCAGUGCAUCCCUUUGAAUAGAAUUUCUUCAUGUGGCGCUGAUACUCUUGCUUCUUAAUUUCUCGCUCAAGUGCUCCAACCACACCAUGUAAAUGGAAGAUAGCGUUCCCCACUCAUUUUAGUUCUGUGGUUAAAAAUGCAUUUCUACAGAGUGAAUAAAAACCACAGUACUCUGCGGCACAGCUAAGAAUCAGCAUGUCUAGCCAAUAACUGUGUUUUAUUUUUGAGUAUGCAGAAGCUUGUGGACAGUUUGUCUCCUGAAUGACUGAACUAUCACUUCAAAACUGCAUAUACAGUACUUCUCUGUUUAAUGUCCAUCUAAAAGAUGACUCAGGCUUAACGAGGUCAGUACAAGUCUGUUUAAUGUUAACACGGAUAAGUAAAUUAUAGAGCCAUCUUGUGACUAUGACUGGGCAUUGUUCUGCGCUGUACUGCACUGCGUGUUCAUGCGGCGAAUGAGUCACAUCAGCAGGGCUUCAACUAAAUGUUUCAUCAAAGAUUAACCUGUUGAUUUAUUGCUGAGGUUGUUAGUCGGCUUGUGCAGAAUAAUGAAAACUAUGUGUGGCACCAGAAUCUAAGGGAAAUAUAAGCUAGGAUUGAAUCAGAAGUAGCCACACUGGAGGAGGUGAAAACAGGGUUUAUUUGGCCACAUUUGUCUGAAAAAUAAAUAACAUAAAAGAAGAAGUCAUCUUUGUUUAUUUUUUUUACAGCCAGUUUUUUUUAUUUUUUUAUUUUUUAUUACAGUGACAAUGCAAGACAGACAACAAACAACAAACAACAGCAUUUGUGGUUUUGUGUGUGUGUGUGUGUGUGUGUGUGUGUGUGUGUGUGUGUGUGUGUGUGUGUGUGUGUGUAUGUAUAUAUAUGAAUAAUAAUGAUAAAGAAUAUUACAAUUGUCAGACAAGCAAAUGAAAAUUAUAAUAGAAGAAUAAUAUCAAUAAUAAUAAUAAUAAGAAGAAGAAGAACAACAACAUUCAAUAUUAAUAAAGAUGAUGAGUAACAUUAAUAAUAUGGGUGGAGGGGAGGUCUUUAAAUUUGUGGACUACCUCAGCCAGUUCUUGAUAUCUCAGCUACUGUUAGGGCUGGGCGAUAAAAUGAUAAAGAUUUAUAUCGAAAAUUAGUUUCCCCUUAAUAUCAAUAUAAAAUAUGGUCAAUGUCCUUUUCAAUAGUCAGCAUUCUGCCAUGUUUAGGUGGACUAUAUGAAAAGCCAAUGAAAAGGGGAGUUGCUCCAGGUCCGCUUUGCGCUGAACCAAUCAUGUGCUAAUUUAAAACAAAGUAGCAAACAACUGCGUCAUAGCAGGCUGCAGCUACACACAACCAUAGCACUUUAACACGUGACAUGUUCUCGCAAAGUCUAGGAAUACCUCAAGGAGCCCAUGGCGCCUGUGCAGCCGAAACAGCCGAUCAUUCAGUCCGCCCUCUCCAGCGCUAUGACAAAACGUCGAAGAGACACAAAAACUUCACAGACGCAGUGAAGACAUGCUACCAAUAAACACUGUUAAAUUUCAUUUUUUAUAUUGUGAUAUUGAUGCUGACUGAUAUGAAAGAAAUAUAUCGUAAUAAACUUUUUCCCAUAUCACCCAGCCCUACUGUCUAGACAUGGAUAGAUGGAGAGAUUGAUCUACAGGAGAUUGAGCCCAAAUUUACCAAAGCCAGUCAUUACAUCAUGAAAUUCAAGUUCUUUACCUUGCCUAUACUGCUAACAAUGGAAAUCACUCUUUGUUCUUUGUAAAGGGUUCCUCCCUAACAGGCAAAUUUUACAGCAUCAACCUGACAUCUUUUUUUUUUUUCUCCCCAGGUGCUGACCAUUUUGCAGGAGGUGUUUCCAGCAGUUAAAGCAGCAGAGAUGGCAGUGAAGCUCCGCCCCCUGUGGUGGGAGGGCUGGCAGACUCUAGGCCGUGCCCAGCUCAACUUGGGAGAGGUGGAGCUGGUGAGUUCAGCUCGCAGAACAAUCCCACCAAAAAAAAACAAAGAAGAGUACGAUGUGUUCACAAAUGCUGCCUGACUGCCCUCGAUUCAGGGCCGUAAACAAAUGAGUGAGUCACAGUAGGAGGAGACAACAGAACCUGAACAUCCCAUUGUUUAUUUAUAACAGAUGACUUUAGGUUACAGGUAGCUAAAACUGAAUCCUGCAGUGAUUUUUAUGUAAGUUAGAAGUUAUUCAGAGUCAAAAAGGUGCCAUUCUGCAAACACAAGACAACCUUUGUGUUGCCUAAGUACCAAAGCUUCCUGCUCGGUCAGUCAUUAAUGAUGUUCAGAGGAAUACCCCUGCUCAUUUGCAGUGAGCUAUACCUCAUAUUUAUGUGACUAUAAAUCAGAUUUGCUCUCCUUUUGAACGGCUGCAAAGAUAUGCCAUUUGUCAUGUUUACGACUUGUUGACAGAUCCUUUUCCUUGAGAAGAAGUCCGUCUUUCAAAGUACACCCAGGCGCCUCCGGCUUGAAUGAUUGCUUAAAUUGCCCCAGAACAGGCCGAGACCUGUGGCUGUAUGAAACCUGCAUAUCACAGUUACGCUGUUGGCCCAUUUGGAGGCAAGCAAAAAAAACAGGGGGGUAAGCUCAGGAAGCCUUCAGCUCAAGGCACCGCAUGUCUCUUUGAUGGAGAGACCUGUCUUACGGCGCAAAAAAACAACAAUAGGAAGUGUUGAAAGUUGGUCGGGCAAAAAAACUAAACCAAAUAUAGACACACCUCUUUGUGUAAUCAAGCUAUUGGGAAGGAAGAGGAGAAAAAAAGUUGAUGGGUUAUUUUUAGCGAGACUUGUCGAGUCAAGUUCAGGAGCUUUGUGUGCAUCAACAUGUUUGAGUAUUGCCUGUUUGUGCAAAAAGUGAACGCAGAGAUUCCCCGUUUUCUCUUAAAUAAAUCCUUCCUUUGAUUGCCGUGCCUCGCUUUCUCCCUCAGAGAUGAAAGCACCCGCACUGAACAAACAUGAAGCUUUUUGAUUUAAUCUUUUUUGUCAAAUUCUGGGUGCUCUAAAAACAGACAUCGAGGUGCUGUGCAGCAUGACAGCUCAGUUGCCAUUAAUCUUCCCAUUAUUAUCAUUAACGUCUCUUUUGGCUGUAAUUUUCCACCAGAAGCCGGUUUAUCUGCCCACCGUGGUGUUUUUUUCCUUUGAGGGAUUACUUUCAAAAUAAAGAGGAGUUGAGAUACAGGUCUGUUCAAGAUUGAACUUGAGAUGUUGUUUUGGACCCAGACGGUUUCAUUUAAUGAAGCAGAAAAAAACUUAACAGUGACAGGAAUUUUGUCAAAGACUUCUUUUCAGGAGAACUUAACAGGGCAGGUUAUUUAUAUAACAUGUAGGGAACAUUUCAGAACAAGUUGUAAUGAAAGUUGGCAUGACGUGAAGUCCUCAUUAAGAGCUUGACAUGACGGCUCAGCAACAAUAAGAUUCAUAGCAGUUUAUUUUUACUGUUUCAAAAGAAAAUCCUUCAAAUUUUUUUUUUAAUGAAAAACAUGUUUUGUCUUGUUUUAUUCUUUCUGUUUAUCGUUUUGAAAUUGUUAUUCUGAGCCAAGAUAGGCUUUUGAUGGACAGCCUGAGUUUGGAUUCAUCCUGAUAUAUUUAAAUUCUUCAUGUUUGAUGCCUCACAGACACUUUUUCUCCCUUUCUUUUUCCACAAAUCAAUCUGACUGCGGUUGAGUUUUUAUAACAGGUGUGGCUCACUGUGCGACUAGAAACAGGUGCCACUCAAGAGUGAGCUCCUUUUAUUUACACGUGAGCACAUAAGAUAGAUAUGUCAUUUCUUUUGUGGAUGACGCAUAUAGAGUACUCUAUCUAUGUAAUGUGGGUGUAGCUGUUCCUCAAGACUACGCUGAGGAGGGAACAGGUCCUAAACUACAAGAAGACGACUUCUGGAAAGUUCAAGGAAGACUGAAGUCCAAAUCAGACGAUAAGGAGGAAGUGAAAUGCAAUUUCCUGUACGGGACAACAUAAUUUAUUGAAAGGGGGAUGCCCAACACAUGCGUGGCCAAGCAUGUCAGCAUACAUAUUGCAUCAGAUUACAUCAAAAUGAAGGAGGCGACUUUUGUUUUAUCUGCCCAGCAAAUGAUAUGAAAGUGUUGAUUCUUGAAUAUAUUCAAACUUGUUGAGACAGCUUGAUAAUGGUAUUGAUGUCAUUAAAGAUAAGUCAUUCUUAUCCUGAAUACCAAGCCAGUUCAUCAAUAUUUCACUGAAACAGUUUUGACUAUAAACUCUCACCAGUUAUUUUGGUGACCUGAAAAAGUGGUUCAACGACUUCUGGGUUGGAAAUCGACAGCUGUUAAAUGCCACUAAAAUGUUUUGGCUCUUGUGAUUCAGAGUAUGGCACAUUCCUCCAUAAGGUGUCACUGCAAAUAACUACAUGUUAGUCUCUACUUAAAUAUUGAUGAAGAAUUAUUAACCACAGAGACUAUCAACAAUAGACAAAAAACAACCACAACGGUUUGGCCUAGAUAUGAAAUUUUAGGCUGUUCAACAACUUUGUGCUGUUGUCAGUCAACAAUGAAACGUGUUCACACGCACGUUAUUUGGUACCUACCUGACUGAUGGAGUCCUCAGCAGAUAUCUGGGAAUAUCUACGUGACUAAAAAGUAGGACAUUUGCGUACCUGCAUGGAGAGAGCUUAAGUUUUAGCUGAUUUGAGGUAUUUAAUGUUUGCCAUGCUGCAAAGCAAAUGUUCCCCUGUGGUGUAGUCGCACUUAAGACUAUUCCACUGUACACCUAGAUUGCAGUUGUUUAUAAUUUUAAGUCUUUUUAUGAUAAUUCUUAAAAUAUAAAAUUGUAGGAAUUGUUAUCUAUUUAAUGCUUUCAUCAUGGUUUACAAAAUUAGGUUAACAAUUUCUAAGUGAGGCUUGAUUUUAUUAUUAUGGAUUUAUUUAAAAAGAAUAAUCCCAGUUUCCCAGACAUCAUGAGGCGUUCAACUUUUUAAGUCUGAAUGGAUCUUUAUUGACAGAGGUGUGUUAGUACAUUCAUAGCAGGCUACAGAUUUAUUUGAUAAUUUCACAGGCAGCAAAUCUCCACAGUCUGAGGUUGACUUCAUCAUCCAUUAAGAAUCAGGGGGCCGCUUGUAUUUCUGUUAAAUCGAGCUAUAACUUCACAUCGAUCGACACCUGCACACUCAGCUCAGAGAUAUUGAUGUCUUUUUAAUGAAACCAUAAAUUUGGAUGCAGUAGAGCGGCAGGAAUGUCUGGGUUUGAGAAAAACUCCUUUCUUUCAUGCCCACCACUUUUAAUCCUGCUCUACUAUCUCUACAGGCUGUGAAAUCUUUCCAAGUUGCGAUCCACCUGUGCCCUUCAGAGCCCACUCUGUGGCAGGAAGACCUGGCGUGGGCGUGUAAGUUACAGAAGCAACACUUAGCAACCAAGGAGAAAAUACGGCAAGAGGAGGAGACCAAAAAGCAGAUCCUCCAUGCUCCUGAGCUGGAGCAGGACUUUGAUUUUGAGUCGGAUGAGGUGCUGGCCGCCUGCGAGGCUGUUGCCGAGAGACAGACACGUUACGAAGAGCUGAAGCGGACCGCCGUGGUCAUGGAUUCUGAGGGGAAUAUCAAAAAUGUCCUCACUGGGGAAGGGGGGUCAGAGGAUACAGAAACACUAUCAGAGGAACAAUUUGUCAAAGCAAGAGGACUUUGAAGUGGUCUCAGCAUGAAUUGAUUGUCUUGGUUAAAAUUUUCAGUCCGUCUUUGUAAUUCAGAAACCACUCAGAGGCAGACAUGAUAGCCUAAACUACUGGGGAUGGUUUGUAAACUGCUAAAUGAAAUAUAAGCUAAACAACCCAGAUAUGCCGUCUUAUAUUUUCCAUCCUUUUAAGUGUGCAGUAUUAGAUGUUUUAUUAAGUCACGCUCGGUUGAUACAGAACAAUGAAUCAAACCAUAUAAAGGUGCAGUGUGUGAUACUUGGAGGCGUUGAGCAGAACAGAUGAGGAAUACAAUACUCACUGGUUUGUUUAAAUUCAGGUAGGCAGGUCUCACACUGCCAUGUGUCUGCAAUAGCUCAGAAUUGGCAAACUAGUCAUGACCAUGCAUGUAUUUGUAUGUACUGAGUGACUGAGUUUUGUUAGUUUGUAGAUGAGUUUGUGUUGAUAUUUUUGGAGUUUUGUGAAUUAAGAAUUUACUCUUAUUUUAAGGAUCUUAACUCCUAUUGAAAUAAGCUUUUUUUUUUUGUUCUAUUGGCACUUUUUAAAAAAAUCAUUACAAACAAGUCAUUUCUUAUUUCUGGCUUGUCAUGGCUUUGAAUAAGACAUUUUUUGCAUUGUAAUGUUAAUGUGGCUUAUAUUAAGUGUAAUAGGACUAAUUUCACUGUAAAAUAAGACAGAAACACUUGUUAAAUUUAGAGUUUUUGCAUGUUUUUACAUGUUAUAUGUGAACAUGAGAUUGUAUCUUUGGCCGUGACACCAAAAUUUAACCGAAAACUAAAGAUAUUCAAUAAAUUUGGUGAUAGAUUUUUAUAAGACUGAAGCAUCUAUUUAUAUCUUACAAAUACAUAAAUACUGUACUCUUGAUUUAUAGGGAAAGCCACACUGACAGUGUGUUGCAAUGUCUUUGAAGUGCUCUAAAAGUACAGCAAAUUGGAGAGGCUGAGUUUAAUCCUGUUUUGCCGUGUUUGUGUAUUUCAUAACUUAAUAACAACUAUGAUGGACAAUUUUGGGACAUUGUUAAAUCUUUCUCAGCUUGGUUUUUGAAACACUUGGUUCUCUUCAGUUUUGUAAGAUAGCAUCAAAUUAAAGCUAGAUGACUUUCUACAAAAGGGCCAGAAAGUUCUAAGAAUAAGCAGCCUCGGUGUCGGUUAAACGAUUUGAAUCUAAUCAUAAACUAAAUAUGGAAAAAACUGGGAGGUCAUUUCAAAUUCGGUGUAGUUCUUAAUAAUACCACAUCGUUAUCUCUUAAUAUGUGAAAAUGAUUUACAAUCUUUUCAUCAGAUGAGUAGAUUAAUGCAAAAAUUCAAUGCAAAAAGAAAGCAAAAUGGACUCAAGAUUUACACAGGUAACGGCUGACAGAGCUGCUGAAAAGUAUUUAUAGGGUUGUCAGUGAAAGUUCAGCUUUGGUCAGUGUGCUUUAGACAAAGAGAAAAGGUGUCUACAAAUUGAUUUAGAUCUAAAACAAAUAUAUAAAACAAAAAGGAACAUGAUUACUCUGGGCGGAGGACACACCCAGAUCAUCGCUGCUGCUGCAGCUGCAGCUGUUGGUUUUCGAUGUUGCAUAAUAAGAUAGAUAGAGGUGGCCUGUGUGUGUGUGUUCAGGGUGUGCCAAGUGGUUUUAGGUUAAAUACACGUUUGUGUAAAUGGUCCAACAGCUAGUAAGUUAUUUCUUUGUUAACGUUUUUUGUGAGUUGAAACAAACAAAUCUAUGACAAGUUUACUGAACCCUUGAGGAAACAAAGACAACACUUCAGGUUGAUUUUAAUGAACUGUUGAUCAUUUUUCUCUAUACAAUGCUUCUGAACCUUGUUGUUACGGUCAGAGACAGACUAUACUGUUAUCAUUUUUAUACAAUAGUUUGAUCAUCUGGUUAUAGUCGAGCCUUCAGCCUGCUUUAAACAGCCUAUUAACAUGUUUAAUUCUGCUUGAGAGCUGGGCGUUUUGAUACAGGGCUUAAAUGGAUAUUCCAACGUAAAAUUAAUUUAGGGUCAAACACACUGUAAAACCGAGUUAUACACCCCCUCAAGAGAUGAAUGUUGGUGACCGCUUGCUUCUCUAGUUAAACCAAUUUUAGUAAUGGCUGCAGGAUAGCAAUACACAGCAGUCUCAGGAGCCAUAAACAAAACCUCAA